AUGGAAACUCCAAACCAAUUACAAAAACGAUGCGAACAACAGAAUUUGAUGAACACAAUGAAGGAGCUUCAAAGAGAAGACAUGAAUAGAAGAGUAAAUUGUGGACAGAUGAAUCCCGAAGCGGGUCCCAAGAAGCGUACUCCUUGUUGUACUCUGUCGCCCGUGACACCGACUCCCUUGAUCAAUACCAACGUCUGCGAAAGACAGAGAUUACCGACUAGAAAUUUUUGCACCACUACCCAAAACGAAUGUGACAGACCUCAACUGACAGCGUAUGGUAGAGAGUUUAUGGCAAACAAUGGAAAAUUGGUUACAAAGUGUGUGUGUGUAAAAUUCAACGGUCUUCAAGACUCUUGUCGGCAUCCCGGGUGCUACACCAAGGUUGGAUGCUUGGAUAAUCCGUCCCCAACUUGUCCACCAGCUCAACAGUGGAAAAUGGAUUACGCCCCAAAAAACAAGAAAAACAGUGGAUGCUACAGCUAG